CAAAGAGGAAACAGAAACAAAACCGUGUCGUCAAAGCUUUCUCUUUCUUGUUCAGUUGUUCUCAGGCAUGCAAACAAAGGAACUAAGCUGAUUAAUUUAUAUUGCAUUGGGUUGUUUGGAAUGGCAAAGCGUGGAGCAGAGGAGAUAACAAAGGAGCAGGAGGAAGGAUCAAUGGUGGUAGUGGUGGAAGAAGCAGCAGAAGUAAAAGAAGAAGCACACCAAUAUUCAUUUAACAUGUCUGGACCUCGCAAUGUGGCUAAACCUAAUUGGAGAGACCUCAUCAAUUCCAGUUGGAAAGAUGCAAACUAUAAGAGAACCGUAAUUGCAUGCUUCAUACAAGCGGCUUAUCUGCUUGAAUUGGACAGACAAGAGAACAGAACGGAUGAAAAUGCUCUUGCUCCAAAGUGGUGGAUGGCCUUCAAGUACAAGCUAGCCCAAACUUUGAUUGAUGAAAGGGAUGGAUCUAUUUAUGGAGCAGUAUUAGAAUGGGAUCAGUCAGCAGCCCUGGCUGACUUUGUGCUCAUUAGACCUAGUGGAGCACCAAAGGCUGUUUUAGCACUUCGAGGAACGAUACUCAAAGGUCCAACUAUCAGAAGGGAUAUUGAGGAUGACCUACGUUUUCUAGCUUGGGAAAGCUUGAAGGGUUCAGUGAGAUUUAAAGGAGCAUUGGUGGCAUUAAAAUCAGUCGCUGAAAGGUAUGGAAGCAGGAACGUAUGUAUAGCAGGCCAUUCGUUGGGGGCUGGCUUUGCUUUACAAGUGGGAAAAGCAUUGGCUAAAGAAGGGAUAUAUGUGGAUGCUCAUUUGUUUAACCCGCCUUCUGUUUCGCUGACUAUGAGCUUAAGAAACAUUGGAGAAAAAGCAGGGUUUGCUUGGAAGAGACUAAAGUCGAUGCUUCCUUCAAGCAGUGAACUUCAGGCCAGUGGUGAUGAGGGGAUCAAGGAUAACUCUUUAGGCCUAAAGAAUUGGUUAGCCCAUAUAUAUGAGGAGAAAACUUCGGUGGGAUUGAAAAAAUGGGUGCCUCACUUAUAUGUGAAUAAUAGUGAUUACAUCUGUUGCCACUACACUGACCCUGAAGGAACAGAGGAAAAAGAUGCUGACAAGGAGAAUGUUAGUCCUACAACUGGUCAAGUUCCAGCGAAGCUGUUUGUGAUGUCGAAGGGGAAACAAAAGUUUCUUGAGGCUCAUGGGUUAGAGCAGUGGUGGUCUGAUGACUUGGAUCUCCGGCUUGCUCUAAGUAAGAGCAAGUUGAUAAGCAGGCAAUUGAAGUCCUUGUACAGCCUCCCAGUUCCACAACAAGCGCCGGCAAGACCAAGAUAACAAAAGGCCAUUGCUUUUAUCGAAUAACUCAGUUUCUCAAUCAGAUCCUUCCCCGUCUUUCUAAUAUGUGUGCAUGUUCCAAUAAGUUGGCUUUUCUGCUUUCUCAUCCUUGUUAUACCACUUUUCCUUGGAAUAUAUAAAAUCAUUGCUUAAUUAUCUACUGUUAUUGUUUUUCACACUUAAUCUAAAAUGUUUCCUUGUGCUGUUAGGCAGUUUUGCAUUAUGAAAUCAACGUCACGCCGACUCAAGAACAUUUUUUUAAACAUGUGAACAUGUUGAAAGGAAAAUUUAAGGCAUAUGAACUUAAUUGGAACCCUUCACGUCGAACGGAGCAAUA